UUUUUGUUCCACUGUUGAUUUUUUGAGGUCCUUUUUGUUUUUUAUGUUUUACAACUUUUUAUUUUUAUUUUUUUGGCUGUGAGUAGCAGGAGCUUCCAUUCUCCAAAACGUCUCAUCAGAACCCCUUCCUUACCUAGUUAAGACCUGAUAACCUGGUAUUCCUCAGACACCUGAAAGUGGCAGCUAUUUUCUUUUUGUCUGUGUGUUUGGGGAGCUCUGUGACCACAGCUUAAGCACCAGUCAGCCUUCUAGUCACCUAAGCCUAACUAAAGCCAGCCAGCUCUAGCCUGGUCCAGUCCAGUUCAGCCUGCUCCGAUUAUCUGGACAGGAUACUCAGUUCUGUGUGGACGUGAGGAAUAUGACUGCUGAGACUCUUAACUUCGGCCCAGAAUGGCUUCGUGCACUGUCCAGUGGGGGGAGUGUGACGUCUCCCCCUCCUUCCCCCGCCAUGCCAAAGUACAAGCUGGCCGAGUAUCGCUACGGCCGAGAGGAGAUGUUAGCACUUUAUAUCAAAGACAACAAGGUCCCAGAGGACAUGCAGGAUAAGGAGUUUGCUGCUAUUUUGCAAGAUGAGCCCAUGCAGCCGCUUGCGCUGGUGCCUCUCACCGAGGAGGAGCAGAGAAACUUCUCCAUGUCCGUGAACAGCGCGGCGGUGCUGAGGCUCGUGGGAAAGGGAGUAGGUGGGCCUGCACCAGCCGGGGUCGUCCGUGGACGAGGGGCCGCGCGAGGUGGCCGAGGCCGAGGCCGUGGCGAAGGUGGAUUCUACCAAAGAAGUAUUGAGGACACUGAACUGGGGUUCGGUCGCAGCGUCCGAGAGAUACACCGCAGCCAGAGCUGGGACGACCGGGGUGAACGUCGAUUCGAGAAGCCGCUGCGGCGGGAGGCGGUGCGUCCCGGCUUUGAAGAAACCGGAGGUCCCGGGGCUCCCGGGAGGAAGGAGUACACAAGGGCUGACAGCGAUAACUGGCGCACCCUCCGCGAGGAGCAGGAGGAGGAGGAGGGGGAGCCAGGCAGCAACUGGAGACUCACUGGAUCCCGCAGGGAUGAUGGUGGUCCUCGCUCAGCGGGCUGGCGGGACCACAGCGGUCCAGGUGAAGGUCGCCGCAGGAAGUUCGACUUCGACUUCCGGGACUCGGAGGGCCACGGUCCCGGCCGCCGGCGCGCGGGGAGCGAGGGGCUGGAGGACGACAGGGACGGCCUGCCGGAGUGGUGCACAGAUGAGGAGGAUGGAGAGAUGGGAACCUUUGACUCCUCUGGAGCCUUCAUGCCUAUGAAGAAGGGCGGGAAGGAGACAAUCCUGGAGGAGGACCUGGACUUCCAGGGCAUCGAGGAGGAGGAGGAAGAGGAAGAAAACCUCCCUAAUGUAGAGAGGAAGAGCUCUGAAGGAGACAGGGAGAGUAAAGAUGCCGUGUCUUCUGCAGGGGAUGAGAAAAUAAAGCCAGCAUCACCCUCCUCUUCCUCUCCUCCAGCCCACUGUGCCCCUCCUUCACUGGAUCUUGGACUUGUUGGUCAGGUGAUGGAGAACUCUCACCUGAGCAACAGCCACUGUGUGAAGCCCAGCAGCUCACCUGCAGAUGACUUGGCUCCCAUUGGGAGCUCCAAGGCCCAGCUGAGCCCCACCACCCCCACCCCCGCUGCUGCUGCCGCCGCCUCCUCCUCCAGCCUACCUCCCCCACCCUCUUCCUCUGCUGCUCCUCUCCUCCCUCCUUCAGGAGGAGAUACUGAGGAUGAUGAAGGCAUGAAGCACCUGCAACAGGAGGCAGAGAAGAUGGUGGCGUCCCUGCAGGACACCUCCUUGGAGGAGGAGUGUUUCACCCAGGCUCUGCAGCAGCAGGAGAGCAGGAACACAGCUGCUGCGCUGCCGCUAUCUCACGAGGCUGCUAUGAAGUGGUUCUACAAAGACCCUCAGGGCGAGAUCCAGGGUCCGUUCACCACGGUUGAGAUGUGCGAGUGGUUCCAGGCCGGCUACUUCACCAUGACCCUGCUGGUGAAGCGGGGCUGUGACGAGGGCUUUCAGCCCCUGGGGGACGUCAUCAAGAUGUGGGGCCGUGUGCCCUUCGCCCCAGGACCCUCGCCGCCGCCCCUGCUGAUGAGACAGCUCCCACCAACGCAGCGCUCGCAGCCCAGCCGGGGGCCCACCGGGACUGGAAACCUGGAGCAGGAGCGUCUGAAGAAGCAGCAGCAGCAGGAGCUGGCGGCCGCAGCUCUUUAUCAGCAGCUCCAGCAGCAGCAGCUAUUCCAGCUCAUGAACAGGUGCAGUGAGCAGGGUAUAAUGCCUUCGAUGAACAGGUCGAUGUCAGUGCCAGAUACAGGGUCCAUGUGGGACAUGCAUACCUCAGCCUCACAGCCGUCAGGCAGUGAGGCCAGUCUUUGGGACUUAAUGAAUCCUUCUACUCAGGGUCCAGCUCUUGAACAGCUUCAGAAGCUCCAGCAGGAGAGGCGAGACGCUGAACUCAGGGCGAAGCGCGAGGAGGAGGAGCAGCGUAAGAGGAGGGAGGAGAAGAGGAGGCAGCAGGAGGAGCAGAAACGGAGGGAGGAGGAGGAGAUGUUCAGACGCAAGCAGUGUCGUCAGCAGCAGGAACUGAUCAUGAAACUGCUGCAGCAGGCCCCCCAGCAGCAGGGGCCGGGGGCCAGCGGCUCCAGUUGGAGCAGUGCUUCUUCAUCCGGGCUACCAAAGUCAGCGAAGUCUCUGACUCUGCUGGAGAUGCAGCAGCAGAGGGCCCAGCAGCAGAGACACGCCGGCAUGUCCAUGGGGAGCUCCUCCAUGGGCGGGCAGUGGUCGGAGGGCAUCGGCAUGUGGGGUAGCAUGGAGGGCAAGGGUGGGAGCGGCGGCUCCUCCAGCAGCAUGGGGAUGUGGGACGAGCCCGUGAAGAACCAGAGCGGCCUGCGCGGGAACACCAACAACAACCUGGGCUUAAAGAACAGCCGCAGCAGCCCCUCCCUCAGCGAUCAGUACAUGAUGCGUCGUAAACGGACGGAGGAAGAGGAGAAGCUGCUGAAGCUGCUGCAGGGCAUGAAGCCUCAGGACGGCUUCACCACCUGGUGUGAACAGAUGCUGCACGCUCUCAACACCUCUGCCAACAACUCCUCCUCUCUGGAUGUUGCCACCAUCGUGGCAUACCUGAAAGAGGUGGAGUCUCCCUAUGCAGUGCUGGAUUUCAUCCGGUCCUACCUUGGGGACACUGUGGAAGCCAAAGAGUUCGCCAAACAGUUUCUUGAGCGACGUGCCAAACAGAAAGCCAACCAACAGAGGCAGCAGCAGCAGCAGUUAUCAAAGGAGGUGGGUGGAUUGAACAUGAACUUCCCUCUGCAGGACUCGAUGCGAGGUAUGAAUCCGAGCACUCUGCAGUCCAUGUUUCAGGCCAACCACAUGGGCAAAGCCAGUCUCUACGACAACCAGGGGGGAAAGAUGAAGAAGAAACAGCCCAUGAUGCUGCACCCUGACCCCAGCAUCUUAGGGUACUCAUUCCACAACCCGGGCGAAUGUCUGAGCAUGAAUGAGCUGGAGAUGGUGGAGGAUUACUGAUGUGACGCAGCGCAGCAGCAAUAGCUACCUGAGGCCUUUCUGUCUUUUAAUCAGACAAACCUGAUGACGAAUGUGCA